ACGAUCUUGGUCGAAGGAAGAGCUACGCGAGAUCGAACGAUCGAUCGAGCCACGAUGUCGUCACUGCUGGUGUGGUGUGCUCUGCUGCAGACGCUGCUACUAGUUACACUCCGCCUCGGUGAUUGUGCCAUUGCCGUCGACGCCAAUCGUACGUCCGCCCUGGAGGAGGCUCGAUUGCAGCGGGAAAAUCUGGUGCGAAAGUAUCUGAAGCGUCUAAAGAAGGAGGAGGGCGCUCUGAAGCUGGUCGGAGGUCGCGGAGAUUUCGAGGGCAAUGUGGAAAUAUUUCACGCCGGCAAAUGGGGCGCGAUUUGCGAUGACGAAUGGGACCAGGCCGAGGCGGAGGUGGUAUGUCGGCAGCUGGGCUUCCCGGGCCACGUGAAGCCGACGCACACGGGACACUUUGGACGGGCGAAGCGAAAGUUCUGGAUGGACAAUCUGUGGUGCGGCGGCAAGGAAGCGGAACUGACGGACUGUCGCUUCGAUGGCUGGGGCGCGAACGACUGCGAGUCGGGCGAGGCGGCGGGUGUGAUUUGCAAGCAGCACGCCACGGACACUACCACCACGAGCAAACCGGUGCCGGUCGAGUUGAAAGUGCCGAAGGAACGGUUUAGCCAACGGCUCGAGUUGCGGCUCGUGGGAGGACGUGUAGAGGGCGAGGGGCGCGUGGAGGUUCGGAUCGUGGAUGGGCUCGGUGGAGCCGGCCCGUGGGGUAGUGUGUGCGGCGAUGGCUGGGGUUUGCUGGAGGGUAAUGUCGUGUGCCGGCAGCUGAAUCUCGGUUACGCCAACAAUGCCGUCCAGACGGACUUCUUCUCGGACGAGGCGGACGGGAAAGGGCUGCCGGAGCGCGUGCUGCUGAGCGGGACGGAGUGCUACGGGAACGAAAGUACGCUCGCGGACUGUCUGCACGAUCCGAUCGGCUGGGACACAGUGGGAACGUGCAGCGAGCGAAAGGGUCACGUAGCGGCCGUUACCUGCGUACCGGCCAUGGCCGAUCUUGUGUUUGAUCACGUCGAGAUGGAACAGUCGCUGCAUCUGGAGGACCGUCUGAUGUAUCUGCUGCAGUGCGCGAUGGAGGAAAACUGUGUGGCCACGCAGGCCUACGAGAUCCAGCGGGACAAUCCCAACUGGCAUCUGGAGACGCGCCGGCUGCUCAAGUUCACGGCACGCGUUGUCAACAUGGGGACGGCCGACUUUCGUCCGCACAUCCCGAAGCACCUGUGGGAGUGGCAUCUGUGCCACAUGCACUACCACAGCAUGGAGGUGUUUGCGACGUUCGACGUGAUCGAUGGCCAGGGGCGGAAGGUGGCCGAGGGGCACAAGGCUUCGUUCUGUCUGGAGGACAACCAGUGUUUGCCGGGCGUCGAGCCACGGUACGCCUGUGCGAACUACGGCGACCAGGGCAUCUCGGUGAACUGUUCCGACAUCUACCGGCACAACAUCGACUGCCAGUGGGUGGACAUUAGCGAGCUGGACUUUGGCGAGUACACGAUGCGGGUGGCGAUCAAUCCGGAGUUCAAGGUGCCGGAGAUGCGGUUCGACAACAAUGCGGCCACCUGUCGGCUGCUCUACACGCAAACGUACGCGCGCGUGUUUGACUGUAAGCACGAGCGUCCUUGAGCAAGGGUUGGAAUCGAUCGGGGGAAUUAAGUGACUAUCACUUCAUUGUGCACGUGAAAGCUAGUGAGAGUAUAUUGUAGAAAUGAACCAUACGAGUGUAGACUUGGACUAUAGUAAACUUAAUAAAUGAACAUUUCAAGAGCUUUUUAUAAAUU